AUGGCUUUCAAGGAUUUGAGGUGUCCCAGCCCCCAUGACGCAGUUCUUUUGCUUCAGCUAUCUCUUGCAUCGAAGCGAUCAACUCUGACGGGAGAAGGAAGAGAAGUGGUGAGGGAGUGCUUGGGCUGGAGGCAAAAGGGCAAGUUUGGCUGGGGUCGCUAUUGGAGUGACAGAAUGAACUAUGAAAUUGGCGUGGCUCAGGUAACCACGAUCUUGGGUCCAUCUAUCCCAUCGUUGGCCCAGGCCCAGUUAAUAGAUUAA